GUUGGGGGGCCGCGUCAGGGCGGAGACUCGGUGUCCUGCGUGUCUGCGUCCGUCCUGGGCGCCCAGUGGCUGGGGAACGACGGUGGCAGCGCACGGCCCGGCUAGCACUGCGCGGCGGCGGGCUCGGCGGCGCCGUGACAGCUUAUUGCAGGAGUGACCAGGACAUCGCCUUCUUGAAGUAAUGCCCACAGAAAGCGGGAGUUGUUCAACUGCUCGCCAAGCAAAACAGAAACGCAAAUCUCAUAGCCUUUCUAUACGAAGAACUAACAGCUCGGAGCAGGAGAGGACGGGUCUACCAAGAGAAAUGUUAGAAGGACAGGAUUCUAAACUGCCUUCCUCGGUUCGCAAUACACUUCUGGAGCUAUUUGGUCAAAUAGAAAGAGAAUUUGAAAACCUUUAUAUUGAAAACUUAGAAUUGCGGAGAGAAAUCGAGACUCUCAAUGAACGUUUAGCUGCUGAAGGACAAGCAAUCGAUGGGGCAGAACUGAGCAAGGGCCAACUCAAAACGAAAGCCAGCCACAGCACGAGCCAGCUUUCUCAGAAGCUGAAGACCACCUACAAGGCCUCCACAAGCAAGAUUGUGUCCAGCUUCAAGACCACCACAUCCAGGGCCGCAUGCCAGUUGGUGAAGGAGUACAUCGGCCACAGGGAUGGCAUCUGGGAUGUCAGUGUGGCGAGGACGCAGCCCGUGGUUCUGGGGACCGCGUCCGCUGAUCACACAGCUCUGCUUUGGAGCAUAGAGACGGGACGGAGCCUCGCCAAGUACACAGGCCACGUGGGGUCAGUAAAUUCGAUAAAGUUUCACCCGUCGGAGCAGCUGGCUCUUACUGCUUCUGGAGAUCAGACUGCUCAUGUCUGGAGAUACGCGGUCCAGCUGCCGACGCCUCAGCCCGUGGCCGACACUAGUCAGGUGUGCGGUGAGGACGAAGUGGACUGCUCCGACAAGGACGAGCCUGAGGCGGAUGCGGACGUGCCCAGUGACUGCCCCACCGUCCGGGCACCACUCACGUCUCUCAAGAGCCACCAGGGAGUAGUCAUAGCCGCCGACUGGCUGGUCGGGGGGAAGCAGGCGGUGACGGCCUCCUGGGACCGGUCGGCGAACCUAUACGACGUGGAGACGUCCGAGCUCGUUCACUCGCUGACAGGGCACGACCAGGAGCUGACGCACUGCUGCACGCACCCUACCCAGCGGCUGGUGGUGACCUCCUCCCGUGACACGACUUUCCGUCUGUGGGACUUCAGGGAUCCUUCCAUCCACUCCGUGAAUGUUUUCCAGGGCCACACAGAUACCGUGACCUCUGCCGUGUUCACUGUGGGUGACAACGUUGUUUCUGGCAGUGAUGACCGCACUGUGAAGGUCUGGGAUUUAAAGAACAUGCGGUCCCCCAUCGCGACCAUUCGCACAGACUCUGCCAUCAACAGGAUCAACGUGUGCGUCGGCCAGAAAAUCAUUGCCCUCCCCCACGACAACCGCCAAGUCAGGCUGUUUGACAUGUCGGGCGUGCGGCUGGCGCGGCUCCCCCGCAGCAGUCGGCAGGGCCACAGGAGGAUGGUGUGCGGCUCGGCCUGGAGCGAGGACCACCCCGUGUGCAAUCUGUUCACCUGCGGCUUUGACCGGCAAGCCAUCGGCUGGAACAUCAACAUCCCCGCGCUGCUGCAGGACAAGUGAGGGCGCCGCCUCGCGCGGCUUCCUUGGUGGCGAGGACCAUGACUGCCGGCCCUCAUCGUCCUGGGGAGCCGGACCGGAUGGCGACGUGCACGCCCUCCCCAGUGUGCAGCCUGCAUGAAACGCACAGGGUGCUGUGCUCCCAUCCCCCAUUGUCGUCUGUGUGUGUGGGCAUCGCUGGUCGGUAGGACGGAGCCCCUCCCGCUGCCCGCGUGUUGUGAGUUACUGGUGUGUUGGGUGACAGGAGGGCAUUGCGUUCGCGUGAGUGGGAACCGUGCACUCCCCAGGAGGCGUAAGGCGUCUCUGCGUCUCUGGAACGGUGGUCCACGCCUGCUGCAUACCGGGAAGGUGGCUGAUGGGUGGCGGGAGCGGCGUCUAGGGGAGUCUCAGUGCGUGCUGUCUGCGCAGCCUCUGCUCUGUUCUGUUACAGUUCUGGGAAGUCAACCUGGAUGUGAGAAGUUUGAGAAAAAGCGUAGAAUAUUGAGUUCACAACAUUAGGAUGGUUUCUUUUGAAAGGAAAAGUUUCUGCUCUUUUUAUAGAAAAUCAUUUCAACGUGCUGAGGUCUCAUGCUAGCAAAUCUAAAAUAUAAUGAUUCUAAUCACUGAUUUCAGAUGUUAAGCGAAAUUUAAAGCACUUUAGUUUAUAGCCGCGGUUAUAAACGAUUUUUAGAAGUUUCAGAUUUAUCCAUUGAAUGUGACUUGACCUUUCUGGAAAGCUCUGCUACCUGAAAACAAACCUUAUUUAUUUUCUACACCUUGGGUUUGCACGUUUCAAGUGGGUUCACUUCCCUGGUGGUAUUUGAGAGCCAACAAUGCAAAUAUCUGAGCACUACCUCGAAACAAGUCUUUGGGGGCCUCGGGUUUCACUGUUGCCUGGUUAGCGCCCUCCUGAUGUGGCGUUUCACUCAGGAGGCGGGGGAGCCAGUCAUGGCCCAUGUCGCCGGCGGUGAGGGCUCCCCCUCAGCAGGGCUGGUACCCAAACGCCCUCGGUGCCCCCACUGUCGUGAGCCCGCCACCCUUGCCUUCUGAGGACACCCGGGACCACUGUCUGAGUCGUGUCCCGUCUCGUGUGCUGACCCUUGGAGGCCAGCCAGGAGGGCGGGGGGAUCAUGCUGCCGUGUGCAUGGAGACGUGGGCCGGAGCCUGCGGAGCUGAGGUUGAGGGCGGUGGCUUCCGUAUGGAUGUGCCUCACCCGGGGCUCUGCCAGCUCAGGCCCUGCGCCACUGGGCUCAGGACCCUCGGCCCUGAGUGAUUAGGCUGAUUCUGAGCUGGUUUCCACAGCCUGGAAGGGAACGAGGAGCCAGCAAGAACCAAAGUAAGCAACCCACAGCAGGUGUUUUUGAGCAGCUUUACUUUGAAAGCUCAAGGACUUGUCGUUGGUGAGUCUGGUGUCCCCGGCCGGUGUCUGAGGAUGAGGCGGCUUGGCCCUGCUCUCUGCGCUCGGGGCCAGGUGCCUCCCCUGCUGCCCCCGUGCUCGGGCUCCUUUCCUGCUUCGGUCCGAACGUCUGAGUGUCUUAGAAUCAUUGUUACGAACGUUGGAAACGGUCUACAAGUAGCUCAGCCAGAUUUGAGAACCAGGUCUCCACCAGAAUUAAAAAAUUGGAAGCUUCUAAACGUACAUCUGUGCUGGUGUUGAGUUCUGUGCAGAUGAGCACGCUCUGCGGGCCGACCUCCUCCGUCCCUGGUGCCUGGGCCUUCUGGGGAGCGGGCCUGCGGCUGCGGCGGCCACAGGGGUGUUUCCAGGAGCCGCGAGGGAGACGGGGGUAGGGAUGUGUGUGUGUGUGUGUGUGUGGGUGCGUGUGCCCAAGCGUGUGUGUGCGCAUGUGUGGUGAGCAGCCAUGUUGAUCUCGUCUGAAACGCUGUUUGGAAAUGGGAGUGGGUUUGUCCAUGAUGCCGACGUGUCCAGAAUUUCUUCUAAAGAGAGAAGGAAACGCGUGGUUACUGAAAAGCGUAUGUUGAUAGAGAAUUUCACGAGAGGUACGUUGUUGGACGAGGCAACACACUUUCUCAGCCACUGCACAUUCGUUUCUGUAGAGUCAAAAUCCUGUACAUAUUUUGGAAUCUGAAGAAUCCUAUGUAAAUCUUCUGUUGCUUAAAUCUGUGAAAACCAGGUUUCUUUGGGGAGAACGUAUGCAUUUGUAAGUGUGUGUAGAAGCAGGUGUUUUUAUUGUAUCGAUGUAAUUGUUUUUAAGUGUUCAGUGUCUUCGUUGCAAUAUGAAAUUCAUUAAAAAUCCAUGUUGCGUAAAUUA